UGAGAAUUGCUCGGUGUUUUGCACACGCUCCGGUACUUCUCGGUUGUCAUUUAUCGGCGGAAGAUCAUUUACGGAAGUCUCCCGGUCCUCUACAAGCAGCGGGAGAUCCGGUUGUCCAGAAAUGGAAUUUCUAUUCCGGUAAAGUUGCUUUGCUUUAGUUCCGACUCAGGGCCUCCGUUUACAGUUGUGAAAAGUUCAAACAAAAUUCGCCCACCUGCUCCAACUCAUCGAAAGCCCCUGGUUGAGCUGAACGGGCCAAGGUGUAAUCCGCAAGAUUCCGAUGCCAAGACAGGUGAUCAUCGGAUGCCAUCCGAACGGCCAGCUUUGGUACUGUCGUACUUGGAAUACCCAGAGAAGGAAGCGACACCCACAUCAAGUCCAUUGAAGGAACGGAACGGUAUGUAAAUUGAACUGUUUAAACCGAAAGAUGCAAGUUACAUAAAUCAUUUAGUUGCAGAGACGAAACAUCAGAAACAAAAAGAAGAUUCCGGAAAUUUGACCGUUCUUGACAUUACUUUCGGCGAUUUCAACGCGCCCACAUCAAGAUCACGCCUGAAUCAAGAAUACCUCAUUUGCUGCGGGACUCGAUAGUCAAAGAGAAGAGGUUGAGAAUUUUCCAGCAGUUUCCGUUGAUGGUUUGUAUUUGUUUAUUUUUUAUGAUCAAAUAGUAUCUAACGUGAAUUAUUCUCGCAGAAAUGGAUGAUAGCUCGCUGGAACCUUCUAUCGCAGAACGAUGGUUAUUUGCAGGAUGGCCAGGCCAUGCCCCGAGACCAGAUGUCUAAUCCCUUACAGUUUGCAUCCCGAUGGAAGGUCCAGCUGGAGCAUUCCCCGGCGCAAUCGAUCUUUCGGUCCAAACACGAUCUGGAAAGGAAUUGUUGGAUCGUCCAGUUUCGGCAUCGGCCGUUUUGCGUUCCACUGAGGAUAAACCGCAGCCGAAGUCGACGGAAACGUCGACAAGCCCCACUUCGCCUCGGGAAACACCGGCUAAUCGAAGUGAUAAGGUGACGUUGCCGAAUCUUGAAGUCAACGAUUCACCAUGUGAUGGAGGUGAUCAAAGUUUGGACGAGAGUGACGUAGUUCACCUUGCUCCAUACGACCUUCGUCUCCGAGCAGAUCGUCACGGCCGGAAACGGAAUCGCCCAAACUGGGGUGACCUUGUCAAACGUUACAAUCACGGGAUUUUCAUCCCACUUUCGGUACAUCCCGUCGAUCAGCUUUCCACAGUCGUACAUCGACAGAGCAGAACUUUUUACAGAACUUCUCAAAAAGCAUUCGAUGCCGCGAUCCAAUGCGGCUGAUGCCGUGGAUCGUGUUGUGUCGGCAAAACUCCAUAAACAGAUCUUUCAGUCCGGAUGAAGAGGAAGAAGAUGGUACUUAGAUGUAGGUUGUAGGAGUAUGAAGACAAAGAAUACGAUGUGAAUGUGUUGUAUAAACUGUGAAAAUACAAAAAAAAUGUUUAAAAUUGA